CUGAGGCACAGUGUCGGCUUUAGACCUGUCAAAGAGGGAAGUCCACGUGCGGAAGUUGAACGGAUCUCGCUUCCUCUUAGGCAAAGCGCCGACUUGGCUCCAUACGUGAUCGAGAAUGCAGAAGAAGAGCAGCAGGAAAUACCGGUAAUUCAUGCACAUGGAAUGGGAGCCACAGGUUACCAAAGAUCCUUGGGUGUGGUUAUCGAGGAGCCAUCUCUACUGAAGGAGAACGUG